AUGGAACUCAAUGAAAUAACAAAUAUACAGAAAGAAGAACUUAAAGAAAAUAGAACAUAUAUAACAAAAGAGAAAAUCUCAUCAGUAGAAAAAAAUGACAACAUAGAAACACUUUUAAAACAAAACAACAAUACUUCUACAUAUAACGAAAAGGUUAUUGAAGUCAAUAUACACAAUGAAGAGGUUUUUGAAACUAGUACAUGUAAUGAAAAUAACAUCCAAACAAUAACAUGUAACAAAGAGAUCUUUGAAACUAGUACAAAUAACAAAAACAGCAUGGAAACAACAAUUCAAAAUGAACCAAUAAAUGAACAAAGGAACUCUACUUUAGAAAGAAAUACAACUUCAAGUUCUA